AUGGCGUGCGGUGGUGCACUGCGUCAUCUGGUGUUUCCGGUGAAAGGAAACAGAGAUGAGAAGGAAAGAUAUAAGAGAAAAGGACCAUCUCAACACCUUCUUCUCUCAGGUCGUCUCCACCGUCUUCUCCAAGACGGACUUUCACCUUUAAUUGGAAAGAUGGCAUCAGAACCUGGUUUCUUGGAAGGCAGGCUUCCUCAGCACAAAGUGAAACUGGCUUCCUUUAAGAUUCCGAGAUUCGAUAUCUCUUUUGCAUUUGAAGCUUCGGAUGUGCUGAAGGAGUUGGGAGUGGUUUUGCCUUUCUCCCAAGGAGAUGCAGAUUUUACAAAAAUGGUGAAGGUGAACACUCCUUUCAAUGAAUUAUAUGUGGAAAGCAUAUUUCAAAAAGUUUUCAUUAAGGUACAUGAAGAAGGCACCGAAGCUGCAGCAGCCACCAUACGAGCUUUGAGAGGAGGAGGUGGUCCACCACAGGGUCUAAAAUUUGUAGCUGACCACCCUUUCCUCUUCUUGAUCAGAGAAGAUUUCUCUGGAACAAUCCUCUUUGUUGGGCAGGUGCUCAACCCUCUUGGUGGAGCAAAUGGAACAACCACACCUGUGAAGGAGGAUUUGGGUAGGAAAAAGCGGUCUGGCCCGGUAGACAAUGCUGAGAGGUCGAAGAAAAAGUCUAGUGAUAUUGAUUCAGAGAAGAAUGGGGAGAAGAAAGAUGGCGACGGUGAUCAUAAGGCUGAGGUUCCACCAAAGAGAAACAGGACAAGUAAAAAUGCUUAAGAUGAUGCUGAGGGAGGAGAAGAUGAUGAGAGUCCUUGUUUUGUGAUCUGCUGCUUGAAAUGUAUCACAAAUUAUGCAGCUUAUGCUAUGCUGUCCGUGCAAGUUUGGAAUGUUAUUGCAAUUAAUAUUAAUGUUCAUUACUAAUUGAACAUAACAAAUGGUUCUUAAAUCCAAAUGUUCAAAUUAAGCAAUCAUUCUCUCAAAAUGCAGCAUAGGGAGAUAAUAGUUUUGUUGAUAAUGGAAAAGAACGAAUGAACCAGCAUAGUUUUCUUAAAUCCAAAUGUUCAAAUUAAGCAACCCUUCG